AUGUAUUCUGGUACAGGUAAUUUUACUCGUGCGUAUGAGGUGUGCAAGGAGUACUUCCGGUUGGAGCAGGGUACUCUAAACCUUGCGGAUUAUUACUCUCAUGUUCGGGAAGUCUGUGAGGAGAUGAAGACCUACUAUCCGUUUACUACUGAUGCAGCACGUGCUACACUAUCUACUCCUUCAGGUAUCGAUCAUGGUGUCUCCACUGAUCGCUCAGCUUUUAUGGUUCCUAGUAGCCAAAAUAAUGGUCAUCGAGGUGGCCGUGGUGGUCGAGGGGGUCGUACGGGUGGUCAUAGGGGUCGUAGUGGAUCCCGUUCCUGUACUCACUGUAUUCGUGGAGGACACACUGUUGACUUAUGUUGGAAUUUACAUGGUAAAUCUUCUAGUGCUGCUAAUCAGGCUUUUUAUCAGGAUGAUAUAUCUGUUGUUGCUUCCAUACCUCGGUCAGUAUUACCAGACACUAGAUCGGUUACUAUUACAUUUGGUCGAGAGGAGUAUGCCCAGUUCCUGUCCUAG